GCCCCGCAAGGUCUUCUCUGGAAGAGCUGCUGUGGAGUUUUAGCUACCAGGCGGCCACGAGGUACUCCGUACCUGCUUCCAAACGCGUCUGCAAAAUGUCGUACCCAUCCCCUAAAUCUAAGCCCUCCAACCCCAGGAACCCCCGAGUCUUCUUUGACGUGGACAUUGGAGGCGAGCGAGUUGGUCGAAUUGUCUUAGAAUUGUUUGCGGAUAUUGUACCCAAGACUGCAGAAAAUUUUCGUGCGUUGUGUACAGGAGAAAAAGGCAUUGGACCCACCACUGGGAAACCUCUGCAUUUCAAAGGAUGCCCAUUCCAUCGAAUUAUUAAGAAAUUUAUGAUUCAAGGUGGAGACUUCUCAAAUCAGAAUGGGACAGGUGGAGAAAGUAUUUAUGGUGAAAAGUUUGAAGAUGAGAAUUUCUAUUAUAAGCAUGACCGGGAGGGUUUAUUGAGCAUGGCAAACGCAGGCAGCAAUACAAAUGGUUCUCAGUUCUUUAUCACAACAGUUCCGACUCCUCAUUUGGAUGGGAAACAUGUGGUAUUUGGCCAAUUAAUUAAAGGAAUGGGUGUGGCAAGAAUUCUGGAAAAUGUAGAAGUGAAAGGUGAAAAACCUGCUAAAUCAUGCGUUAUUGCAGAAUGUGGAGAACUGAAGGAAGGGGAUGACUGGGGAAUAUUCCCAGAAGAUGGUUCUGGUGACAAGCAUCCAGAUUUCCCUGAAGACGCAGAUAUAGAUUUAAAAGAUGUAGAUAAAAUAUUAUUAAUAACGGAAGACUUAAAAAACAUUGGGAAUACUUUUUUCAAAUCCCAGAACUGGGAGAUGGCCAUUAAAAAAUACACAAAGGUUUUAAGAUACGUGGAAGGUUCAAAGGCUGUAACUGAGGAAGCAGAUAGAUUGAAGCUGCAACCUGUAGCUUUAAGCUGCAUGCUGAAUAUUGGUGCUUGCAAACUGAAGAUGUCAAAUUGGCAGGGAGCAAUUGACAGUUGUUUGGAGGCUCUUGAAAUAGACCCGUCAAAUACCAAAGCACUGUACCGUAGAGCUCAAGGAUGGCAAGGAUUGAAAGAAUAUGACCAAGCAUUGGCUGAUCUUAAGAAAGCUCAGGAGAUAGCACCAGAAGAUAAAGCUAUCCAGGCAGAACUGCUGAAAGUCAAACAAAAGAUAAAGGCGCAGAAAGAAAAAGAGAAGGCAGCAUAUGCAAAAAUGUUUGCUUAAUAAGGAAUUUGGUUAUACUUAAGUAUUACACAUUGAUGUAUAAAGGCAAUAAAGAAAAUUGAAGGGUUUUUGUCUAAUAUAUGUUGCUUAAUGUGUUUGCCCUGAUAGUUCCCAUUGUUUACAGUUUAGAAAUACUGGUAUCUCUUUACUCUUAAUAAAAGUGUUACAAACUACA